AUGGCAAGCCGGCCGGCCCGCGACACGAUCAUCAAGAAUGGCCAAGUAGUUUCGCAUACGACCCAUCGCCACGAACCCGCCGUGACCAGCGCCCCCAUCGGGAUCAUCCACGAAGAUGAAGACUUGAUCGUCAUCGAUAAGCCCGCCGGUGUGCCCGUUCACGCCGCGGGCCGAUACCACUUCAACUCCAUCGUGGAGAUCCUUCGCGCAGAGCGAGGCCAUGACUGGCUUCCCCGGCCAUGCAAUCGGCUGGACCGAUUGACUUCGGGAAUCAUGUUCAUUGGCAAGCAUGCAAAGGGCGCCGAAAAAAUGGCAGGUGCGCUGCAGGCGCGGACCGUGCAAAAGGAGUACGUCGCCCGGGUCAAGGGCAAAUUCCCAGACGGCGUGAUUGUCUGUGACCAGCCCAUCAUGCAGGUCAGCCCGAAGCUGGGUCUGAACCGCGUGCGGGCGACGGGCAAGUCUGCCACGACCAAGUUCCGCCGGCUCGCAUACUAUCCUCCCCAGGCGGCGGUUGCGUCGGCGGAGCAGCACGCCGCGACUAGCGAUCGUGCUGUGACUCCACCCCCGGUUCUUGCCAAUGAGGAUGAAGGCUACAGUAUCGUGCACUGUUUUCCCUUGACGGGUCGUACCCAUCAGAUUCGUGUCCACCUUCAGUUCCUGGGCCACCCGAUCACCAACGACCCGAUUUACUCGAACCGGCGCGUGUUCGGGCCUGAACUGGGCCGCAACGAAACCAGCGGGGACCGCGAUGAUGAGAUCAUGGAGCGACUGCACCGCAUGGGCAAAACCGAAGUCGCUGAUACCGUCUCCUACCGGACUCAUCUGACUGCCGCGCCAAAUGUUCCACCAGGAACCGACCCGGCUAUUUUGGCCGAUAUCAUGGCCCGCGAGCAACAGGCGGCUUCGGACGAGUACGAGAAGCGCAAGGGCGAGCGACUGUCCGGGAAGUUCUGUGACGUCUGUGGAACCGAGCUCUAUACCGACCCCGGUCCCCAUGAACUUGGCAUCUUCUUGCAUGCCGUCGCUUACGCUGACCGGAAUGGAGACUGGAGUUAUCGCAGCCCGAUGCCCUCAUGGGGACUGCCCCCGCCUGGCUCAGACGGACCACGUGAAGUACCAGACUGGGUACCGGUUCCCGAGAGCGAGGAAAUCGUCUAUGGUCACGGCACCGUCCCUCCCGAGAUUGGCGGUGAUGAUGAAGACGCCUCGUCGAAGCCUAUCUCUAACACUGUCCUUCUCACGGGGGUGGGUACAUUGGACUUUUCCGAUCCCAGUUAUGGCCUGGCGGCGGCUGCCGCUGCUGCUACUGCUUCCAAGCCGAGUGAGUCGGAGGCUCCCCUGGACUCGGCCAAUGCUUGA